AUUCAGACUUUAUACAGGAGCUCAGGAGGAGGAGAAACUGAGUGUGAUCCUCCAGAGAAGAUCCAGAGACCUGAGGAGCUCAGUCUGAAAGUAAAGAGCUCCGCCCCCUCCCACAUCCUAACCUCUCUCUCUCUCUCUCUCAGGGCGAGUCAGGAUCUCUGUGAGCAGGAUCGACUGGAGCUCAUCACAGAGAAGAGGAAGUGGCAGACAGAGGUCGAGAGCAGGAAACGACAGCUGGAGGACAACAGGAGAACUCUGCAGCACCUGAAGUCAAAGGCUCUGAGGGAGCGAUGGCUUCUAGACGGAGCGCCCUCUGCUGGACCAGACCAGGAUAACGUGAAGAAACAACUGGAGCAGGACGAGGCCACGACCAGGAACCUGGAGGAGACCAUCAACAGGUUGGAACUGGAGCUGCUCGGUCUUCUGUGUCAGACUGAAACACAAACCACGAUGUCAACAGGAUCCAAUGAAGCUCACAAAAGUCCUCAAAUGAACAAAUCAAGAGAAACGACAGAGGAUAUGAAGAGAGCGAUGUACUCAGUGGAGAUUAAGGUCGAGCGAGACCGACAGACGGGGGAAAGCCGGGUCCUGUCCACUAAAACCCGACUUCCUGUUGACCUCUCGCAGCAAGGGGUCAAAGUUUAUGAGGACGAGCAGAAAGUCGUCCAUGAGGUGAACGGUGAGGACGGCGUCCACCUGCUUAGCGGCUCAGAAGUCGAUGAGCUCAUCCUCAAAGCAGACGAAGCUUUGAUGAUGUCACAGACUGUUUCAACGGUGACCUCAGUGGAGUACCAGGAGGAGGCGGAGCCCGAGCGGCCACACAUCUCGAUGGAGAUCUCAGGGCUGGAGGCCACACCUCCCUCCGAGCCGAGCGUGGCCGCUGCCAGCACAGAGAACCCGGUCACCAUGGUGUUCAUGGGCUACCAGAGUGUGGAGGACGAGUCCGAGACCCAGAAGGUUCUGGGGCUGCAGGGGACGGUGACGGCCGAGCUCGUGCUCAUCGAGGACACCGAUGGCCAGACGUCCCCGGGAGGAGGAGGAGGGAUGGAUGACGGCGACAACACAGCCAAGUCCACACAGCAUUCCCCUGCCUCCGCCGCCUCCCCCCCCCUGACAACCACCCGACCUCCAGCGGCGCCGCCAGCCGGUAGCAGGGAGUCGGCGGGGGGGGCCGAGGGAGGAGCGCUGGCCUCACAGAAGGAGAAGCAGGGGUGCAAGUGCUGCAGCAUCAUGUGA